AGCUUGCGGUGUCAAGUUCUGCGAAUCUUCGAUAGCUUAGAGUUUCAGGAUUACGCAUCCUGCGCAACAAGUGCUACUAAAAAAAUUUUUAGUUGACGAUGUUUAAUUAUUUCUUGCACUUUCUGCUGCCACUGCUGCUGAUCUCUUCAGCACUGGCGGCUAAUGUGAUGAAGAAACAGUCGCCAGCAAAGCAGCCAGGAAUACAGCAGCAGCAGCAGCAGCAGCAACAACCUCAAGCAAAUGUGCCACAAUAUAUGCAGGAGUCCGAGUUGCCGUCAGAGCAGCCAGAAAUCAAAGCGGAAGAAGAUGAACAGACUUAUCAAAUGUUGCACGAACUGAAGCAGGACUCACGACUGCCUGGCAACAACUAUCCAUGGAAUCAGCAAACUAAUCCCUAUGAGAAUCAAUCGCCACAGGCUGCAGCAUCGCUGGCCAUGCCCAAGAUGCUGCCCUUCAUUGGCUACGCGCAACCAGUGCUAAUACCAUUUCCGCUUUACAUAGCACCGGAUAUGUUUUAUCCCGCCUAUCCAGGUGCCAGCAAUGAUUUAGAGGAAAUGGCCAUGUCUCGUUCCGCUGGCGAUCGUCGUGCUUCAUCCACAGCACAUGGCUCGCGCAAUUCGCCAAUUUACUACGUUCGACUGCCACCCACGCCGUAUAUGUUUGUGCCCACAAAUUUGGCAGCGCCCAGUCCGUUUGGCAGCGCCUUUUCUCCGCUGCUUACCUAUCAGCCCAUGCCCACGUUUUCCAGCUACGGUUCGGUGUUCAAUUUGCCUGUGAACUUUGUGGCCAAUGGCAAGCCCUCGGGCAUUUAUCAAAUGCACAACGCGGCCAAUGAGCUGGCUUCGUUUACUACAGGACUCGCUGGUGGCUUCAAUAUGCGUCCACCCACGCCCAGUAAUCCAUUCAACUAUCGACCCAUCUCGCCGCCAGCUGCAGCGCAGCAGAGCUUUGGUCUAGCCGCUUUGCCAGUGCCACAACAGGACUCCAAGUUGACCUCUCUGAAGCGUCCGUUUGUUUUCAAUGGCCGUCCCGAGGACAUUUACAUACUGCCAAAUAAUAUGAAUCCGCUCUACAACUACAACGAGCCGAAUUACUACUGAGGCAGCAGCUUGUUGCAUGUGGC